CAUUCAAAGACUUUCAAAAACGAAUAAUGGUUGCUACGGAUGUAUUUGGUCGUGGCAUCGAUGUCGAACGUGUAAAUAUCGUUAUCAAUUAUGAUAUGCCAGACGGCCCGGAUACAUACUUGCACAGGGUCGGUCGUGCCGGUAGAUUUGGAACUAAAGGCGCUGCCAUCACUUUUGUAUCAAAUGCAGAAGACGCCGAAAUCUUGAACAAAGUUCAAGAGCGGUUCGAAGUUAAUAUCACACAACUUCCGGAUGAACUAGAAAUUAACAAUUACA